AUGACAGCUUUUGUUUCCAAAAGACCUCAUAAGAAGUCAAGAGGGGGUUGCAAAACUUGCAAAACCAGAAAAGUCAAGUGCGACGAAGCUCAACCGAAAUGCAGCUUCUGCGAGAAGAGAGAUCUCAAAUGCGUAUAUAUCUACAAAUCUGCAGCAUCGCUCUCUAAUUCCGCAUCAAUCCCGUCGUUCUCCUCUGAAAAUGAUAGCCCUUUUUCUGCCUCUCCCGUUAGGGGUGAACAAACAGACAUUGAGCUUGUCCCUCGAUCAUGGUCAUUGAGCCCUGCUCCAUCCUUCCAAAGCAUGUCCACAUCGAGCUUUAUGUCACGCAACGAUUUAAGACUGAUGCAUCACUGGUCAACCAUCACUUGGAACACGAUAAAUGUCACUGACCAGGCUGAUGGUGUCCUACUUCUGCAUGCACCUCAACUCGGAUUCGGCAAUGAGUUCCUCUUGAAUUGCAUCCUUGGCAUCUCUUCUUUCCACAUGGAACACCUUAUUCCAAAUUGCCCCGAGAUAAAUCUGAUCAAACAGCAGACUUCUCUCUAUCGGGUCCGAGCCUUGAACAGCUUCCGUGAGAACCUGGGCAACCUCCAUCUGUCAUUAGAAAAUUGGGAGGCGUCUUUGCUCACAUCAAUUUUGCUCGUCGUUCUAUGCUCAAAGGACUAUGUUAGCACGGACGGGGAUCUCGCAGUCGUCAACUGGAUCGUGCUUUACCGCGGACUUGCUUCAGUCAUAAUGAUGCGGUCCUAUGCAGAUGUUCAAAAAUUGAAUGUCGCCCCUAUUUUCAAACGAGAGUUAACGUCCCUGCGAACCGUACCUGUUGUCCCGCAAAUUUUGAUCGACAUGGUUGAGAAAAUCAACCCUCUGGACUCGGACUUUGAAUAUCUCGAAUGGUAUUGCAAAGCCAUUGAUGUUCUUGGUAUUCUCUAUGCCGGUCUCCGUCAGGAUGGCCUCACUCCUCCUCUUUUCGUACGCAUAAUAUCAUGGCCAUCCUUCCUAUCUGAGGAAUUUUCCCGCUGCGCGCAGGAAAAACGUCCGAGAUCCCUUAUUAUAUUGGCAUACUAUUUGGUAUUUACGAAGUUGGUUAAUGGCUUGUGGUGGCUCGAUGGAUCAUCGAACGCUCAAAUUAAUGCCAUAGUAAAGAUGAUCGGUCCGGAGUGGCUGGUGUAUAUGCGUCUUCCACUCGAAGCUACAUACCUAAACAAACCCGAAGAAAUUACCGGCCUCCUAUUGAGGUGA